AUGGCGAUCUGCUCCACCAGUUCUGCUAGCAAACACGAGCAGGUUAAAACUUCAAAUAGGAGAAAAGAAGGAAGGGCCAUACCGGUGGCGAUUGAAGGUUCUGUCGACGAGCUGCCGGGAGUCAAUUUGGCUAUCGACUCCGAGCAUCUAUCAAGCUUGUCGAGAGGACCGUCGGGUGAUCAUCUGCUCGAAAUACCGGCCGAUCGGCGACCAUGUCGCCUCCGAAGGGAGGCGCGGGACGAUUUAAGUAGAUUACGGCGCUCGGCCCGCUCCGAGAUGGCCCACGGCGAAGAGGAGGUAGCUCGCCUAAACGCUGAGGCGUCGUCGAGUCCUCGAAGGGCUGGACGGCGAACUCCGAGCUGGCCCUCGGAGAAUCCGAGGGGUAGGGGAACUAUUGUUGUCGAUGCCGAUGGCUCCGGCGACUUUACCACCAUCCAAGCGGCCGUCGACUUCGUGCCGGUGAACAACACGGAGCACGUUUCUAUUUGCAUUCAUGCCGGGAAUUACGUAGAGAAGGUGGUGGUGCCGGCGACGAAGCCGUACGUGACCUUGCAAGGGGCCGGCCGAGAGGUGACGUCCGUGGAGUGGCACGACCGGGCGAGCGACCGAGGGCCAGAUGGGCAACAGCUUCGAACUUACAACACGGCCUCUGUAACUGUUCUUGCGGAUGAUUUCUCUGCUAGGAAUAUCAGCUUCAAGAACACAGCGCCGGCGCCGAUGCCAGGGAUGGAAGGAUGGCAAGCGGCAGCGAUACGGAUCUCGGGCGACAAGGCCUACUUCUCCGGAUGCGGCUUCCACGGGGCGCAGGACACGCUCUACGACCACGCCGGCCGGCACUACUUCAAGGACUGCUACAUCGCCGGCUCCAUCGACUUCAUUUUCGGAAACGGACGAUCCAUGUACAAGGAUUGCGAACUGCACUCGAUUGCGGAGCGAUUGGGGUCGGUUGCGGCUCAAGAGAGGAACAGUCCCUACGAGAGAACAGGAUUCGCGUUCGUGGGCUGCAAAGUGACUGGCACAGGGAAGGUGUACGUGGGGCGAGCCAUGGGACGCUACUCAAGGGUCGUCUUUGCCUACACGUACUUCGACGAUGUGGUCGCGCAUGGAGGUUGGGACGAUUGGGAUGACGACGGCAACAACAAGACCGCGUUCUUUGGAGUGUAUCGAUGUUGGGGACCGGGGGCAGCGUCGGUGCGUGGAGUUUCAUGGGCUCGAGAGCUUGAUUACGAGACGGCACGUCCAUUCCUUGCCAAUAGUUUCGUGAACGGAAGACAAUGGCUUGGGCCUUCGGAUCCUUGA